AUGGCACACAGCAGCGAUGAUCUGAACCAGAUCGAUCAAAAUCUACCGCUAUCGGAAUAUAAGCCAGAACUGCACCAUGAUAUACACUCCGGGGUCAUUCGUGGUCAUGCGUACACGAACACAACGCCAGUGUCGGAUCCUGAUUUUGUAGUCAAGUUCGAAAAGGGUGAUUCUGACGACCCAAGGAACUUCGGCAGCUGGCACAAGGUUUAUAUUACCUGCCAAUUGAGUAUGCUCACUUUUGUUGCGGCAUUGGCUUCAUCCAUAUUGUCUCCGGGACAAUCAGAUAUAGCGGAGUAUACCAACAUCAGCUCCGAGGUCGCAGUGCUUGCGACUUCGUUGUACAUCCUUGGCUGGGCGGUCGGUCCAACCAUAUGGGGUCCAAUAAGCGAGGUUUAUGGCCGCAAAUGGGGAAUGCUUCCAGCUCUCUUUUGCUUAGGCUUGUUCAGCAUUGGAACGGCAGUAAGCAAGAACGCCGCCAGCAUAUUCAUUACCAGGUUCAUUGGUGGUAUAUUUGGCUCUGCACCCAUUAGCAAUGCAAAUGCUGCGUUAAGCGACGUUUACGCACCGAAAGAGCGAGGAAUAGCAGUGGCAUUCAUGAUGCUGUGUAUCACAGGAGGGCCAUCUGUCGGACCUCUCAUUGGCUCUGCAGUGGUGGCAAACUCGAAACUUGGAUGGCGCUGGACGAUGUAUAUCGAAGCUAUCUGCUGCUUUGGCUUAUUCGCCCUUGCCACCUUGACGCUGUCUGAAACGUAUUCUCCUGUCUUGUUGAGAAAUAAGGCACAGAGAAUGCGCAGGACGACAGGAGAUAGGAGAUACUGGCACCCUCAUGAGCACGAGAGCAUAAAUUUAGAGAAUGCAGCCACGAAACAUUUCAUUCGCCCAUUACGCAUGUUGACAAGCGAGAGCAUCAUGGCCUGCGUUGCGGCAUAUGCAUCUUUCUCAUAUAGUUUGAUCUAUCUAUGUCUCCAGGUGUACCCCAUUGUGUUUGAAGAGGAACGUGGAUACAGUCCAGUGAUUGCUUCCUUGCCAUUUCUCGGGAUCCUGGUCGGCACAGCUUGCGCUGUCGGAAUCACCUUUGCGUAUCGAACACAGUAUGCAAAAGCGGUUAUGGAAAACGAUGGAAAAGCCGUUCCUGAAGCGCGACUUCCCCCGCUGGUACUUGGGGGAAUUUUCCUGCCAGGAGGAUUCUUUUGGCUUGGAUGGUCUGCAGCACCAAAGUACUCGUGGGUACUGCCCACAGUUGCAGGAGUAUUCGUCGGUGCCGGAAACAACAUCAUCUUCCAGCAAUGUAUCAACUAUUUAAUCGACACCUACGGGCCAUAUGCAGCGAGCGCGAUCUCAGCAACCACCAUACUGAGAUCCUUGUUGGCGGCGGGGCUGCCGUUGGCGGCGAAGCCCAUGUUCCACAAUCUCGGCGUGGGACCUGCUGCUAGUUUAAUGGGAGGCAUUGCUUGCCUGGCAUUGCCGAUACCGUUCGUCUUCAUGAAGUAUGGACGCACCCUGCGCGAGAAGUCAAAAAUCGCACCAACCAGUUCGGACUAG